GCGCUCCAGCCAAGAUUUGGGGCUGUAGGUGCCGGAUUUGAAGAGGUUGCGCCGGGUCCCCAGAGGAGGGGACGUUAGGGUCCGCAGAGGAGGGGAGUGAAAGAUCAUGGAAGAGACGCCAGGGUCCCGAGAGGAGAGUGAGGGAAGCGCCAUGGCGGGCGUGGGCUUCGAGGAGUUCUCGGCGCCGCCGGGCUCCGAGCUGGCGCUGCCCCCGCUCUUCGGCGGCCACAUCCUGGAGUCGGAGCUGGAGACCGAGGUGGAGUUCGUGGGCGGAGCCCUGGGGGGGCCCGGGCUCCGGGAGCGGGAGGAAGAGGAGGAGGCCGCCCGGGGCAGGCGGCGCCGCCAGCGCGAGCUGAGCCGCCGCAAGUACCAGGCGCUGGGCCGGCGCUGCCGGGAAAUCGAGCAGGUGAACGAGCGGGUCCUGAACAGGCUUCACCAGGUGCAGAGAAUCACAAGGAGGCUCAGGCAGGAGCGGAGGUUUCUGAUGCGAGUCCUGGACUCCUAUGGAGACGAUUACCGGAAGAGCCAGUUCACUAUCGUCCUGGAGGACGAGGGCAGCCAAGGCCCCGACGCCCCCACCCCAGGAAAUGCAGAGAACGAGCCACCAGAAAAGGAAAGCCUGUCCCCUCCCCCUCGGCGGCCCCCCGAGCCUGGCAGUCCCCCACCGGGGGAAGGCCCCAGCGGAAAGAAAAGGCGGAGGGCGCCCCGGGAUGGGCGCCGAGGUGGGGUACUGCUAACCCCAGAGCUGGACCCGGGCCAGAUCAAAGUGGAGGAUGACUUUGGCUUCGAGCCAGAAGAGGCGCUCACCCCAGGAUGGGUAGCCCGAGGCCCGGACAAGCUGCUGUCCUACCCCACUUUGGCCAGCCCUCCCUUUGACAUCACCCCCCAAUAAAGCUUUGUCUCCCCUCCA